CUCGUCUUGAAUUGAAGUGACGACACAGAUCAUUUGAAGGCUCGCGCCAAACAAGCUGCGGGUCAAAAGCAGGUUUUCGGCUAUUAGAAAGUGGUGGAAAGCUGUUAUAAUUUCGGUCGGAAAAGCUGUUAGUCUGCAAAUGGACGUACAAUCGUACAUGCCCGUACAACCGGGAGUGGGGAUGGAGGAGAAUUUCUUGUCUCUUGACGACAUUUUGCUUUCUCAGGAAAGGCUACCUUGUCGAACCGAGACCACUUUUCCUCGACUGGGAUUUCUGGAGAAAUCGAGUGACACACGAGACAUACCAGAGGGCUCAAAGAUGGAGAUGCCGCUGUGGUUGGCGAAGGGUCUGUACGAGCGCAAGCGGCGCGUGCUGUCGGUGGAGCUGCCGAAGGUGUACCGCGAGGGUUGGCGGACGGUGUUCAGCGCCGACCCCACCGUGGUGGACCUGCACAAAAUGGGGCCCUACUACUACGGCCUGGGGUCGCAGCUGUUGCACUUCCAGAACCCCGAGAAUCCAGAGAUCGCCCAGGCGGUGCUGCAGACCUUUAUCGGCCGUUUCCGGCGCACGAUGGACUCGGCCCAGAACGCCUAUAACGAGGACACGUCGGCGCUGGUGGAGCCGCUGGACAGCCUGGAGAGGGCGCUGUUCCGGGUGGGGCAGGGCGGCCUGAACGCAUUCCAGCGCUGGGAGACGGGCAGCGCCUCCCGGCUCACCGCCUCCAGCCUGGUGCUCAACUACCGCAAGAGGAAGAUCACCGACCUGCAGGACUGAGACUGUAAUGCACUUGCAUCAUACACCUGCAUCACACGCCUGCAUCAUACACCAUCAUACACCUGCAUCACACGCCUGCAUCAUACACCAUCACACACCUGCAUCAUACACCAUCACACACCUGCAUCAUACACCAUCAUACACCAGCACACGCCUGCAUCAUACACCUGCAUCACACGCCUGCAUCAUACACCAUCAUACACCUGCAUCAUACACCAUCACACACCUGCAUCAUACACCAUCACACACCUGCAUCAUACACCAUCAUACACCAGCACACGCCUGCAUCAUACACCUGCAUCACACGCCUGCAUCAUACACCAUCAUACACCUGCAUCAUACACCAUCACACACCUG